GUAAAGAAGAGGACAGCCAUACGGAGCUUUAACCCAUGUUGAAGUAGGCCUAGAUUUUGUAUUGAAACAAAAAGUGGGAUUGUCACUGUUAUGUGUCUUUGCAAGCAGUGUAUGCGUGCACAUGCAUCCAUCAUUGGAACUCAAGGGGGGGCCAAUAGCGACUCAACACAAUUAAAGGGAGCUCUCGAUUUCUCUUGUUACAAGAGGGUUUUGGAUUCCUAGCCAAAGGUCAGCGAACAACUGCACAAACAGUCGCUUUGUAGACAUACCUCAACCGCAAAGGAAAUCUUGAGUUUGUUUGUUUGAUUAUUUACUGUUUCUGAGUCUUACCCCUCCUUUGUUUGCUCACAUCUCCCAAUCAUUUCUGUUUGUUUGUCUUUCUGUCAUUCACCAACUUGGGGAUUUUGUGUCUUUAGGUCUUUGAGCAGUGUCUUGAAAAUUGGAGAAGAUAUAAUGAUAGAAUCAUUGGGUAAUUGUAGAGAUUAAUAGAUCAUUAGAAAGGGCACAUGCUAUGGGAUUUGUUUUGUAUAAUUAGACAAAAUUUUGAUUGCAUGACUAGAUGAUUUGGGAGAAUGUAUCAUUCACAUAUGUACCAUUCCAGUUUACACUAGUCUUUAAAAUAGAAUUUUUUAAUUGUUGUACCAUUUCUUUUUCUAAGUUUUGGUUUCCUUGCUUGGAAUAAAAAUACCUCUUAUUAACCCAUGCAUUUGUUAGCAUCUAGAAUCUUUCAUGAAUUGAAGGAAGAUGCAUGUAAAAAUUAGUCACAAAUGAACUGUCAUUUCAAUAUGCUUAUUUUCAUGAAAUAUGCUGUGAUAUUGUGAUGGUUUUCUGACAGACUUUGAGGCUGUUUCCCUUCUCUGUGAAAGUAAGUUAUUAAAUACCUAAAUCAUAACUACCUAGUAUUUUCUUAACAAGUUGUCUAUGUUUGUGGGACAGAAACGGGCCUUGCCACUUACAACAGCUACAAAUGUAUGUAUAUUUAGUUUCCAUCCCCAAAUCUGGAGACAAAAUUUUACUCCUUGGAAAUGUGUUAUUCUGUUCGCUCACCUAUGAAAUCUUUCAAAAGAUUUGUAACUUUUUUCCCAGUCUUUGCAAUUUUUUUUAUUGAAAUAAAAAUUGUUCCAAAAAGUUCAUCCUAUUAUAUACUAUUUUUUUAAUUUAAUGUGUGGUAACGGUUUUCAAGUUAGAACUUUUCAAUAAUUUGAGACUACACAUUGGAUCUUUUUUCCACCUUGUUAUUAAUGGAAAACUAUUUCUUCCAAGAUUAUUGUUCCAGUAAUUAAGAAAUGUUUAUUCAAGAGUUCUUAAUCACUCAUUUUCCAAACGCAUCUCUCCCUGGUGGCAAUAAUAUAUUACAGUAACUUUGUUCAAAUUGUUUAUUUAUAUUAUAUUGAACAUCACAAUGCCCAGCUAAUGUUCAGGAAAUGCAGUGUCUUGUAAUUGUUUUGUUAUUGGCUCUGUUUACUCAGUGUUUAUAAUCCCAAAUGUAUAAUGGUGUUUGAAAUGAUUUGUGUAAUGUAUUUAAGAAUGAUGUAUGUAUUUACAAUCAGAAUUUUCUUUUGAAAGAUCACUGGGAGUGGUGCAUGCUUCUUUGUAAGGAAAAAAAUUGUUUUGUAAAAGCACUCGUGGUAUAUAAAGUAAGGUUGUUUUAACAUUUAUUCUCGAGUGUGGUAGUUAUGACGGAGGAAAUUUCCAGUCGUUCAUGGAAAGAGUUACUGCAAGUGCUCUUUUUUAAGGUUAUUACCUAAAACUAUCUUUCACAAUACAUGGUAAAUUUUCUUAAUCGUUAGGAGUUGAAUCAAUUGAGAGAGAUAAAAUGAAUAACAAUUCGAAAUCCUUCCUGUGUAUUCAAACAUGGCUGGAUCAUGUUUCAUAGAAAUGAAAGCAAAAGGUGUUUGACUAUAGAAAAAAGGAUAGAUUUAAUGUAGAUACUUGCAUCAAGAUCUUCAAAGAAUUAUAUGCUUUCAUAUAGAGUUCAAAAAUUUGUGAAAUGUGUAAAUGUGUAAAAAUUGGAUUCAAGAUCAAUAAUUGUGCAUACGCAGUAAUCAGCUAUUGGUUGUUUGUAAAAUGUUUUCUCAAUUACCAUUCAUUUACAAUUAACGUAUUUUUUAUCAUUACAAGAAGCGGCUCAAUAUGAACUUGAUUAAAAAGUAUAUAUCUGCUGCACAUGUAUAUUCUGAAAGCUGAAACAAAAAGUGCAAGAGAAAUUUUGAUUUACAGAUGUGUGUUUGUGUGUCUUAUAAAUAUAUAAAAUUUUUGAAUAUGUGCAUUGAUAUGGAAAUGUGUGUGUGUGACAGUAGAUUAUAUAAUACCUGUUACAAUUGUAAAAUAUGUUAAUGUAUUUGUGUCCUAAUUUAUCUUGUAUAUCUAAGAAAAUCUGAAAAAUCACUUUAUUGUGUAUUAUCCUUUUGAGACUUGCACAACACUGAAACAAAGAAACAUCUCUAGAAGUAGUUUGGAAAGGACAAUUUCUAAGGAGAAAAAUGAGUCAUAAAAAUAAAAUGUCUAGAUUUCAUAAGAGGAUUAUAAUUGUUGAAAGAUUAUCAUAGUUUGAUAUAAGUAUAUAUUUAGCACUAUUACAAUGAUGUCAUUAUGUUUCGACAUAACGUGAUAUAAUUUACAUACUCUCUUUCUCCUAACUCCAUUUUUUAGAAGAGUCAGCACUUAUUUCAGUGAAAGAUUGAGUUUUUCUUUCUUCAAAUGUUUGGCAAGAACUUAAGGACUGAAGAGUAGUAUUCUGCUCUAGUUUGAUGUAAAUAAAAAUGUCUCAUCGUGUGGUAUGGCAUAGCCUGUAAAUAAACUUUCUCAAAUUUAUUUUCUAAUUUAUCAGGCAGAACACAAUUCAAAUGUUUUCAAUUAUAUUUAAAUCAAACAUAUUAAAUGAAAACUUACUUUAUCAAAUUAUAGUGAAACCUGCCUUACAUGAUCGCCAAUGAUUGUGAAUAGAGGUGUGGCUGCUUAAUCAAGGUUAUGAGAUUAUUAGAAGUGUAAAUCAAAUCUAAUUGCUUUCAAAUGAUGAAUGUUUUCUUUAACAUUUUUAAUUGCCAUAAGUGACAAAAUAAAAUUUCAAUGAAGAUCAUUUGUCUCUCUCCACUAAAAUCAAAACUUGACUCGCCACUCCUCUUGGUCAAGAAACUCGCAUUCCAUCCUCAUGGAAUUGAACAAGCAAACUGUUCUUGAAGAUGCAAUGGACAUUCACAUGCAAAUCUUUACAGCAGGGUCGUCUGAUGAACUUCAAAUGGGAUUAAUACACAUGACGUGCUCUGUAGUCAUUAACAGAUUCCCAAAAAAGGGAAGCGUGCAAGUAUGCAAAACAGAAUAGUAAAAUAUGUAAAGUGAACAUGUUUGUUUCAUUAAGAGAUACUUAUUAAAAUCAUAUGUUUUGUGAAACAGAACCGAAUCCCCCUGCGAGAUAUAGGACUUUGGAUGUUUCCGUUCAAGGAAAUCUGAUGCAUCUAUUUCGGGAAAAUAUUAAAUCAUCAGUAAUUUCUUUUAUAAUAUAGCUCAAAAUUACUUGAGGUGAUCGCUUAAAGUGUCAUAUGGAAAAAUCGAUCAAUUGCAUUAAAAUAUGGCCGUUUCUGGAGGUGACUGUUAGACCAGGUUUCACUGUAGUUCAGUUAAUCUAAUUUCUUGUAUGUACCACUCUUAGUGAUUUAAAAUUAACUCUAAAACCAUGAUUUAAGCAUAGAGGAAGCAUUCUUUCCUCCAUGAUAUUAGGAUUCCUGUUUCACGAAUACGUUUGCUAUCUUAAUAAUGUAACUUCUUGCCUUUGCCUAUACCCUUAAUGUGUAUCCACUUUUAGUUGGAGCUAAUAAUCAGUGACUGGUUUGAAUGAAAUUGUACUCAGGCUGACAGCAAAGUAGAGAUAUCAUGAAGAAAUAAAGUAAGAAUCCAAUGGUAAAUAUGUUCACCCAUUAAGUACCAUUAUCCUCAAAUGGGGAUCAUAAAUAUUUGUUAUUAGUAUGUUGCUGUUAAGAAUUUUCCAAGACCAUAAUAUUCCUCUAUCUCACGGGUGUCCAACUUACUAGGCCUUAACCUUAGCAACUAAAACGUUUAAUAUGGUUGCGGGCCAUAUUUUGAUAACUUGGAUGAUCCAUGCCUGACUUCCUCGUAUUAUUCAUCUCAGCAGUUUGCCCUGCUGCUGUGAAACAGGGAAGUAAUGGAACAAUGCAUGAUUUCUGGCCGUAUGAUAAAUUUAGUGGGAAAAUAUUCUUAAAUCUAAACUUAAACAAUUUUGACAUUACAGGGGUGUUGACCCCUGGAGGACACAUGUGCUAGGCGUGCAAUUUUCUCACCCAAUGUGGAUGCAAGGGCUUUUUAUUUUUGACUAACUGUUCGCGGUUCCAAUAAAUGUCACUGCAUCCCAGGGACUACCAGUUAGACAACCCUGCUCUGUCUGAACAUUUGAGAAUCCAGUGUUGACAUUAGGAGUUUCUUAGAACUUUAACGAGGGAUGAUAAUUAUUGCACAAGCAAAUGGACAGCGUUUCUUUGCUGUGCGAUUGAGAGAUUCUCAAUCCCAUAUCUUGGUUCAUUUGACAUUUUUAGGACAAAUAUCCUUUGAUUUUGAAUCUGCCUAUUCCAAUAAUGUUGCUUCAUCAUAACUUGAUCAUGAAUCUUUGAUGCUUUAAUAUUUGUAGUAUGUGACAUUUUGUUUUCGAUACCCAUUUGGGGAUCAUGGUACUUGACAAGUUACAAGAACUUGCAUUGAAUGCUGCAUUGUGCAAAACUUAAAAAAGGUGUCCAUCAUUUUUCUUCGACCUCUGCGUUAAAACUCACAUAUUUUACAAUUUAGAAUUUCCUCUGAAAAUAUUUGAAUUAUUGGGUAGAUAUGGGUUCUGCAGCAUCAUCUCAAAACAGUUUUUGACAAGACAUUUCAAUUUCAAGUAUUAAAUAAUGUACUACUUCAAAAUUUAAUACUAUUUGCACUUAGUAUGUAUGAAGGAAAAAAAGAAAGAUUGCUGACAUGUGGGUUGGGGGAUAAGGUGGCUAAUAGAAAUCAUUAAACCUCAAGAACUUAUUUCUGUUUUGAUACCCUAUUUCCUAGGUGUGAAGUGGUAAAAAAGAAAAAAAAAACUGGAAGAAAGAGGCAUUAUCGUGAAGCUGGUAAUUGUUUUGAAUGUAUUUUCAAAUGUUUAUACGUAAUCAGUAAAAAAAGUAGGGCAAAAUCUCAUGGUUCAUGUGAUUAAUGUAAUGCUCCAAAUAUUUUAAUUGUUAUAAUUUCAAAGAACUUCAGUUAUGUAAAAUUUCAAAUCAUGGUAUUAUGAUGCCAUUAGUGUAGAUUAUAAAAAUAAAAAGAAGGUAAAGAUUGCAAAUCAACUGCUCAACAUAUCUUAUUGUACAUUACAAUAGAUUUAUGAGUGGAGCAGUAUGAAUAGUAUGCACAAGAAAGUAUAAUUGAAAUUUGAGAGAUUUUUUCUUUUACCAAUUUGUUUGAUGUAGGCAUUGUUAAGGCACUUGUCUGAUUCUGUUCUAAAAAGGCAUACUACUCAUACUCAACUAUCCUCAAAACAUGAACCACAAGUGGCUCAAAAAAUAUCAACCCUGUAAGGAUGUAAAAAAAUGUACUGUCAGAUUACAUAUCUACUGUUUCAUAAAGAAGUUUUGAGUAAUGUCUCAAUUAUAUUAAAAACGAAACCUUAAAUAUAUUUUAUGUUUCAGGUGAUUAUUUUACACACAAAGUACCAUGAUACUGCAUUUGGAGAUCAAAUUUUAUUUUAUUCAUAGAAAAUAUGUUGCAAUUUUUUACAAAUAUAUUGGGCCUGAUGCAUUUGUAGAACAUUAAACAACAAUGAAAGAUGUUUGUUAAUUUUAAAUAAAUUUUACUCUGUGAAGAUGACCCUUGAAAAAAAUAUAUGUACCUUACUACUUCCUCUAACAAAUUGUCAUCCUAUCAAAUACACAUUUUUACCUGAAUUUUGCUUAAACUGAAUAUCUGAUAUGAUAAUUAGUUUGAUGAAAAAUGAUUCAGUGCAUUAUAGUGACUUAUGAAAAUAAUUGUAAUAUUAAAGAUAAACUAGGAAGAUUAGAAAAUGACUUGCUCUUACACAGGAUGAGUUGGUAUAGAAAAUCUGUUAAACUUUCUGUAAGCCAACCAUGAGUUCCUUGCCAACAUUUGUAAAUAUUUGAAAUAUUUUAUUUCAUGAAUGUUUAUUUAUUGUGAGGUGAUAAACAAAUCUUUUUGUGUUAUUGAAAGUAACAGUAACAUUGUUGCGAGAUUAUUAGCUCCUGUAGCAAAAUGGACCAUAUUUUCACAGAACUCAAUUUUCUUUAAAUAUAUUGAAAACAAUAUUAUUAACCAUAUGUAGUGCAAACAAUGUUAUUUGCAGUUGUGUUUCAUUAGUCUCAAAAUGCAAAUCAUUUUAGGAAAGAUCUCAAAGAGAUUUCUGACUGUUCAUGACAAGAGUUCUGUGCAAAAUGUUCAACUACAACCCUAUGUUUUGGAAAUUGUGAAACUGACUUUUCCAUACCUGGUAUGGUGACAUUGUAUUUGUGUGUGUUCUUCCAAGAUCUCACUGUUUUUCAUAGUUGAGUUGUUUAAUUUGGACACUGUUAAUGAUGUCACAUUAAAUGCUGAAGUCUAAUUUUGCAAAUAUUCUGUAUGAUAAUCAGGUUAUAUUUUCUAAUCUUAAUGAAUAUGUUGAUAAUAUAUUUUGCCAUAACACAGGAUAUGUUAAUUUUAUCAAUGACAUCAUUCACAGACCAUAUCUUAUUGCAUAAAAUCACCAAAGAUUCGGUUGGUUGCUUUCUUCUGGAAUAUCAAUAUGGUUAAUGCCUUUAUGUCAUCACAUGAAAAUAAAACAACAGUAUUGUGUGGCUGUUUACUAGUGUUAUGGAGUGAUUAUUGUGAACAAUAUCUUGACUGUGACUGAAAGUGUUAUUUAUUUUGAAAAUAGUUAUUACAUGUGUUUGAGCAAAUUUGAAGUGCA